CAAAUUCAAAGAACACAAACAAGUUGAUCUGUGCGUGCUUAAAUGUUGAUGUAAGAACGUUCAGAUGGCCAAUGGGUAACGACGUUACCUACUAUCCAACAUCUCCCUCAUCAGGUGUAAAGCACGAACAAUUCUGCCAAAUAAGGGAAGAGGAUAGUGCUUCAAGAUUGCUGUAAUAUCUGAAGAAAGUGGGCGUUGGAGAAUUUGAGCUUGUAUCACUAAGGACCUGGAUAUAUAAUGUCAUAUUCUAAUAAAUAUAUUUUUGCAACUCUACCCAGAACUCAGAGAGGGCAGCCUAUUGUCCUGGGAGGAGAUCCAAAAGGGAAAAAUUUCCUGUAUACUAAUGGAAAUAGUGUUAUUAUAAGAAAUAUUGAGAAUCCUGCUAUAUCUGAUGUUUACACUGAACACUCCUGUGCUACAAAUGUGGCCAAAUAUUCACCAAGUGGAUUUUACAUAGCAUCUGGAGAUCAAUCUGGGAAAGUACGAAUUUGGGACACAGUGAAUAAGGAACAUUUAUUGAAGAAUGAAUUCCAACCAAUUGGGGGCCCAAUUAGGGAUAUUUCCUGGUCACCUGACAGCCAGCGGAUGGUGGUGGUUGGAGAGGGGAGGGAAAGGUUUGGACAUGUGUUCAUGGCAGAGACUGGCACCUCAGUUGGUGAAAUAUCAGGACAGUCCAAAUCAAUCAACUCUUGUGAUUUUCGCCCUUCAAGGCCAUUCCGAAUUGUGACAGGAUGUGAGGACAAUACAAUUGGUGUGUUUGAAGGACCACCAUUCAAAUUCAAGAUGACAAAACAGGAACAUGCGAGGUUUGUGCAAGCUGUGAGAUACUCACCAAGUGGAAGUCAUUUUGCAUCAGCUGGAUUUGAUGGAAAGGUGUUUCUGUAUGAUGGUUCAUCAGCUGACCUGAUUGGGGAAAUAGGAUCACCUGCACAUAAGGGUGGUGUAUAUGCUGUUGCAUGGAAGCCAGAUGGCACGCAACUCCUCACUGCAUCAGGUGAUAAGACUUGCAAGUUGUGGGAUGUAGAAACAAGGUCUGUGCUAACGGAGUUCAUGAUGGGCAGUCAGGUAGAGGACCAGCAGGUUUCAUGCUUAUGGCAGGGCCAGCAUUUGCUGUCAGUGUCACUCAGUGGCUUCAUCAAUUAUCUUGAUGUCAGCAACCCCAAUAAACACAUUAGAAUACUCAAGGGCCACAACAAACCAAUCACUGUUCUGUGUCUGAGUCCAGAUCGGAAAACAAUCUACACAGGUUCACAUGAUGGCUUCAUCACACACUGGGAUUCCAACACAGGAGAGAAUGAUCGGAUCCAAGGGGUUGGACAUGGGAACCAGAUCAAUGGCAUGAAGAUAAUAGGUGACUCGCUUUACACAUGUGGCAUUGAUGAUAGUGUGAAGCAAGUAGAUAUUGUGUCUAAUAGUUAUACAAGUGCUGACAUUAAGCUGGGAUCUCAGCCUCGUAGUAUGGACGUCAAAGGUGAUACCAUAGUCACUGGUUCUGUCAAAGAGAUAUCAAUUCUGCAGGGAGGAAGGAAAGUGUCCAGCCUUCCCGUCACUUAUGAACCUUCAUGCGUGUCCAUCAACAGUGAACACCCAGAUGUAGCAGUGGGAGGAGCUUUGGACAAUAAAAUUCACAUUUAUACACUACUGGGAUCAAACCUAAGUCCAAAGGCAGAACUGGAGCAUCUUGGUCCUUUGACAGACUGUUCAUACUCACCAGAUAGCCAGUACCUGGUGGCAUGUGAUGCCAAUAGGAAGGUCAUCCUCUACAAACUGCCAGAUUAUCAGGUAACCGCCAUGUCCACACUGCUCCAGCUCCUUUGCGUUGCAUGGAAGCCAGAUGGCACGCAACUCCUCACUGCAUCAGGUGAUAAGACUUGCAAGUUGUGGGAUGUAGAAACAAGGUCUGUGCUAACGGAGUUCAUGAUGGGCAGUCAGGUAGAGGACCAGCAGGUUUCAUGCUUAUGGCAGGGCCAGCAUUUGCUGUCAGUGUCACUCAGUGGCUUCAUCAAUUAUCUUGAUGUCAGCAACCCCAAUAAACACAUUAGAAUACUCAAGGGCCACAACAAACCAAUCACUGUUCUGUGUCUGAGUCCAGAUCGGAAAACAAUCUACACAGGUUCACAUGAUGGCUUCAUCACACACUGGGAUUCCAACACAGGAGAGAAUGAUCGGAUCCAAGGGGUUGGACAUGGGAACCAGAUCAAUGGCAUGAAGAUAAUAGGUGACUCGCUUUACACAUGUGGCAUUGAUGAUAGUGUGAAGCAAGUAGAUAUUGUGUCUAAUAGUUAUACAAGUGCUGACAUUAAGCUGGGAUCUCAGCCUCGUAGUAUGGACGUCAAAGGUGAUACCAUAGUCACUGGUUCUGUCAAAGAGAUAUCAAUUCUGCAGGGAGGAAGGAAAGUGUCCAGCCUUCCCGUCACUUAUGAACCUUCAUGCGUGUCCAUCAACAGUGAACACCCAGAUGUAGCAGUGGGAGGAGCUUUGGACAAUAAAAUUCACAUUUAUACACUACUGGGAUCAAACCUAAGUCCAAAGGCAGAACUGGAGCAUCUUGGUCCUUUGACAGACUGUUCAUACUCACCAGAUAGCCAGUACCUGGUGGCAUGUGAUGCCAAUAGGAAGGUCAUCCUCUACAAACUGCCAGAUUAUCAGCUUGCCCACAACAAGGAAUGGGGUUUUCACAAUGCAAGAGUCAACACCGUGGCCUGGUCUCCAAACUCCCAGCUUGUUGCUAGUGGAAGCUUAGACACAACCAUUAUCAUCUGGAGUGUUCUGAACCCAGCUAAACACACCAUCAUCAAGAAUGCUCAUCCACAGAGCCAGAUCACACGCCUAGCCUGGCUUGAUGAUGGAACGUUGGUGUCGGUUGGACAAGACUGUAAUACCAAGAUAUGGAACAUCACUGCUAUUUAGAUCCAUUACCACCACUCAUUGGGUUCUAUU